CUAAUUGCAGCCGUCGGCUUUGCAGUCUGUUGGGCCCUGGUGUGGCUGGCGUACUGGUCGGCGUGCGAGAAGAUGAGCGUGAGAGCACCAGGCAUAUUCCUUGAUGUAAAUCGCCGCAUCAUCGUUGCCCUAUGCUAUGUGGCUACGAUACUAGUUGUGGCUGAGGGCAGCGGAAUUGGGGCUGUCCGCCGCUUGAGGACGACCUGGUAUUUCUUCAUUCUUGGGUUUGCCCCAUACGUGGUUUUUGCACUUUUCCACCACGUCGAGGCCCUGCGGAAACGCCACCAAUAUGCGCCGCUCAUGCUUUUCCCCAUUACUCUGCUCGUACCCCUCAUGUUAGGAAAGAAUUGUGAUAGUAAGCACAUUCUCUGUCGUUGUGCCUGUCCUGUCAGGGUCUUUCGCCAAGUGGCUCUUACAUCGACGAUAAUCGCCAAGCGGGCGUAUAUUCUCAAGACCUGGGUCAUGUUUGGAGUGGUCAUGUGUCUUUCGUUUGUUGCCUUACCCCUCUACUUCGUACCACUUGCCCGGACUGCAACAACAGAUCGCGAGAAGACAGGCGUCCUCUUUACUUGGCUGCUCGUAGUGUCGCCCAUUGUUGCGACCCGUAAGAAGCGACUUGACCGAUGGACACAUUCGCAUGUUUCUUGCAUCUUUCCAUGCGUAUUCGGUAUGUGUUUCAGUCACAGGCAUCGUUCGUUCUCUGAAGGACGGCCCUGCCUUGCAAACGUCUCCAGCAAUCACGUUUGUAGCGUUCGGCUUCGCACUCUUCGCAAGGGUCGUUCAGGCCGAGAUGGAACAUAUCUCCUCUCAGGUAGGUGGGCACAUCAACGCUGUCCUCGCGUCAGAUCCAUUCCUCGUCUUUCCUGGACAUGUCUCUCCUUAUCAGCUUCUGUGGAGCUUGAUCUUUGCAUCAUUUGACUUCGUUACCGACCUAGCCAUGCCGUAUUUCGUUCUCAUAGGUGGUCCCCUAAGAAGAAGUCUGGUGCGAUUCCUAUGCAGGCCGAUACGAGAUCGGGACUUCGACACUGUCACUGCUGAAGAUACUCAGGAAACGUGCGAUAAGCAGGCGCCGGUCAUGCUACUCAGCCGCCUUUCUAUGACCAUGAUGAGUUUCAAGUCGGCCGGUCGCUACUCUAUGAGGUCUUUGAGCACGUUUCUGGACGUCCCCACUCAGGUUGUUCAAUUUGGUUAUCACCCGAUAUUCCUUCGGCGUCUCAGCGAUGUAAGCAAGGAAAGCGACAGACAGGAAAAUCCAUUCAUUCUACACUUUUUUUGCCUCCACUGCUGCAGCAAGUGCAUGCCUACAGCUUGAUCGAGUUGACAGUGCUCAUCUUCACCAACCUGUUCAACAUCACUGUCGGCCAGAUCCUCUUUCCAUCCGUCCGUCACCUGCUAGAGAGGCUAGGAGGUCUGGGAAUCAUGGUGCUGAUGGAAGUCUUGUUCGAGGGUGCGCUCUACAUCUGCCUCGUGCGCUCUGCCAACUUGCCCCUGAUUAAGAGCAUAACGGAGCCGGGCGUCAUCAGGAUGCACUUGCUGGCACUGGGCAUCUGCGGCACUGCUAUCAUCAUUCGCAAUCUGCCAGUCUAUGUGCUGAUGCUCUUGACCGCUGCUGAUGAGAACAAGUAUCAGUCAGUAAGCAUAUACGAGUUUUGUCCUUUUCAUUCAAGUAUGUUUGAGCUGUCAUAACCUCUGUGGACGAUUGGUUUGAUUUGCGGAUGGAGACAGAAACACACGAUGUGACAUCCUCUUUUCUCAAUGCACACCGACAAUUGUCGUCUCGUACAUGCUCUUUGGGGGGAUUGAUGGAUGGAUGGAUGCAUGGAUGGACCAGAUACGUCGCGACUUCGUCAAAUUGAGC